AUGACCCCGGCGUCCACUUCCACCUCCUCUUCUUCCCCUACCCUUGCCCUGCUCGCGCGCAUGGCCCCCGUCCCCUCGCCCAUUACCGUCGGCGGCGUCCGCUACAUCACCUACGGCCGCACGUACCAGCCCAGCCAGCGCAAGAGGAAGAACAAGCACGGCUUCCUGUCGCGCAACAAGACCAAGCUCGGGCGCAAGAUGCUCGCCGCGCGCCGUGCCAAGGGCAGGCGUUUCCUCUCGCACUAG